AUGGUUUGCUUGACCAUUAAUGCUGAUACCAAUAUCACAACUGACAAGCAUUCCCUUCUUUCUCUCAAAUCCAAAAUUUCUUUUGAUCCUUACAACAUCUUAGCGAACAACUGGUCCGCUAAUAGCACGUCUCCUUGCGAUUGGAUUGGAGUUACUUGCAGCUCUCGCCACAAUAGAGUGACCACUUUGGACCUUUCCAACAUGAGUCUUGUUGGAGAAUUACCUCCAUACUUGGGAAACCUCUCUUUUCUUGUUUCGCUUAACCUGAGUUAUAACAACUUUCAUAAUUUCUUCCCUCGAGAACUUUGUCAGUUGCGACGCCUCAUAUAUCUUUCAUGUAGCUUCAAUGACUUUAGUGGAGAGAUUCCAUCCUGGCUUGGUCUCUUACCUAAUCUAAAGUAUUUGCAUUUGGGGAAUAAUAUCUUUAGCGGUUUCCUUCCCACUUCCCUUUUCAAUCUUUCAAAACUUGAGGUCUUGCAUUUAGGAGUCAACUCUCUUCAGGGAAGUAUUCCUAAAGAAAUUGGCAGCAUUCCCCAACUAAAAUUUUUAAAUUUGAGCUAUAAUCAGCUUAAUGGACCUUUUCCUUUGGGUAUCUUAAACUUGUCUAUGUUAGAAACUCUUUCUCUUUCGGUUAAUAGUUUAUCGGGUGAUCUUCCACUUGAUUUGGGAAAUCAUCUUCCCAACCUCCUUACAUUUAAUAUGCCUUCAAACAAAUUUAGUGGUGAAAUUCCAUCAAGUUUAUCAAGAUGCUCACAACUCCAAACUAUAUCUUUGGCUUACAAUAAUUUUAGUGGAAACAUACCAAAAGAGUUUGGAAACAUAACAAAGCUUGAGGUGUUAAAUCUUCCCCAGAAUCAAUUAAUAGGUUCAAUACCACAAGAGUUGGGGAAACUUGAUAUGUUGGAGCAUUUAGAAAUAGGAAAUGCUAACUUAAGAGGGUCCAUACCAGUGGGAAUCUUCAACAUUUCAUCAUUGCAAACAAUUUCACUUUCGGGCAAUGAGCUUAUGGGCACUCUUCCUACAACCACUGGGCGUGCUCUACCUGAACUACAAGAGCUCUAUCUUGAAAGCAAUUUCCUUUCUGGAGUGAUACCAGAUUCUAUCUCAAAUUGUUCCAAACUUACUCUCUUAUGCCUUAGCGACAACCUAUUCAAUGGCAGCUUGCCCACAUUUCUUGGCAACCUAAGGAUCCUAAACCGACUGCAUUUAUUUAGUAACAUGUUCACCAAUGAUGCAGCAUCACCAGAGCUAAGUAUCAUCAACUCCUUGGUAAAUUGCAAGUAUUUAAUUGAAGUACGCUUAGAUGAUAACCCUCUACAUGCUGCUACCCUUCCUGCAUCAAUAGGAAAUCUUUCAUCUUCUCUUCAAUUUCUCUCAAUUAUGGAUUGUGGAUUAAAGGGUACCAUUCCCAAUCAACUCGGCAACUUAAGUGGCUUAAUUGACUUGAAUCUGUAUGGCAAUGAGUUGAGUGGGUUUAUUCCAGCAAUGUUUGGUGGGGAACAAAAGCUUCAAAGGUUGAAUCUUGGUAAUAACAAAUUAGGUGGCCCCAUUCCUCAUAGCCUUUGUGAACUCCAAUCUCUGGGUGAAUUAGUAUUAAGCAAUAAUCAAGUCUCUGGUAGCUUACCAACUUGUUUUGGUAAUAGCACUUCCCUUAGAAAUGUCUAUCUAGGUUCAAAUCAUUUGUCUUCUGGGAUAUCUUCAAGUUUGUGUUCUCUCAAAGAUUUGUUGGUGCUUGAUUUGAGUUCUAAUUUCCUAGAUGGAUCUCUACCUAUUGAAAUCAAUGGUUUAAAGGCACUUUAUUUUCUUGACUUGUCCAACAAUCAGAUUUUGGGGAAUAUCCCUAUCACUAUUGGACAAUUGCAGAAUUUGCAAACUCUUUCUCUUUGUCAAAAUAGACUAGAAGGAAAUAUUCCAGAGAAAAUAAGUCAAAUUGUUUCCUUGGAAUUCUUGGAAUUAUCUUUCAACAAACUCUCUGGUUCAAUUCCAAUGUCUUUGGAGGGACUAGCAUACCUUAAAUACUUCAAUGUGUCAUUCAAUCAAUUGAGUGGCGAAAUUCCAUCAAGAGGGUGUUUUAAAAAUUUAACAAGUGCAUCAUUCAUGUCUAAUGAAGGGUUAUGUGGAAUUAUUCCGAGCUUUCAUGUCCCACCUUGCCAUUCCACCCACCAUUCAAAGAUUCACAAAGUACUUCCCCUUAUACUUGCACCUUUAGGAGCUGCACUGAUAAUUACUUUUGGCAACAUGUGGCUUUAG